AUGUCUAAUCCCUACCAUCGUCGUCCGUUGCCAGACUAUUUCAUUGCGUCCCCACUUCUCGCGCUGCUGUAUCCUGUUCACCGCGCCUUGCUUCACCUCCGUGGCCCCCCGCGACUCCCACCACCGCAUGCGAAACCCAUCCGCGUGGUCUGUAUCUCGGACACCCAUACGCUUGAAUGGCCCGAAGUGCCCGACGGUGACCUUUUGAUCCAUGCUGGCGACCUCGCCAAUGAUGGCUCCGUCCGUGAAAUCCAAGCGGCAGUUGACUGGUUGCGAUCCCUUCCCCAUCCUCAAAAAGUCGUCAUCUGCGGCAACCAUGACAGUUACUUUGAUGCGCGAUCACGCCUCGAAGAAGACCGUGAGGACCAGUCCUCCGCCUCAUCCUUUGCCGCCGUCUCUUCCUCCACCGCUUCCAUCCGCUCCCUCGACGAGAUCACAGCUCCUUCGCGCAUUGACUGGGGCGACAUCCAUUACCUGCAGCACAGCGCUGUAACUCUCUCUUUUCCACCAAGCACGGCAUCCGACCUUUCCGCCGCCUCUCCCUCGUCCGCCGCUGCUGCAUCAUUGAUGCCCUCUCGUCCUCGCGAGCUCACCAUCUACGGCGCUCCGCAGAUACCAGCCCUCGUUCCCUUCGGUCCUGAACACGCUUUCACCUACCCACCGCACCAUGACGCGUGGUCUCGCACCAUCCCUGCCGAGACAGACAUUCUCGUCACGCAUACCCCGCCACAGGCACAUCUUGACAUGUCUCCCGUCUUUUCAACCGGCUGUCCCAGCCUCCUCGCUGAGGCCUGGCGCGUCCGCCCCGCGCUGCACGUCUUCGGCCACAUCCAUAAUUCCUCUGGCCGGGAGCCCGUCUUUUGGGAUGAGGCCCAGCGGGCAUGGGAGCGGCUCUGUGCGUCCAGGCGGUCACGCGCAAAGGAAGCGCGUUUCGUUGCACUCACGAGAAUGAUGCGGGACUUGUUCGACUUGUCGGCCUGGAUGGACGCGGCGCGGGUGGUGAUCUAUGGUAUCCUGGGAGUGGUCUGGUCCCGCGUCUGGGGCGGCGAAACACUCGAUGGAAGCUGGAUGGUAAAUGCUGCAUGCAUGUAUGGGGAUAGUGGCAAACUCAAGAAUCCUCCGCGAGUGAUUGAGUUGUAA